CUAAGUAGGUUUUGUCAAAAUCAAUAAACUAUUUUUAUCACAAAUAUUUACUCUAAUUAUUUUCCAUCAUAAUUAUCUCCCUCUUUUGAUUGAUUCUCUGUAUCACUUAUUCUGCAAAAAAUUUCGCUAAAAAUUCGUUUCCUUUUGAUUUUCUCAUUCACCUUGUUACUAUUAAUUAGGAUUAGGGUUCACUCUUUCUUUAACUCUAACAUCAAAUCCCUAAAAAUUAGGAUUAGGUUUCACUCUUUCUCUAACUCUCACAUAAAAAAUCACAAUUUUUUUCUUCAUUUUCUUCAAUUUUCUGUGAAAUGGGUAGUGUGAAUUACUACAGAAUACUGAAGGUGAACCCUGAUGCAAGCUAUGAGCGGAUAAAGAAAUCUUUUAAGAAUUUAUCAAGGAAAUGUCACCCUGAUAAGAUUAAUCAAGAGCCUUUGAGGAAAAACGAGUUUGAUGCAUCGUUUAAGAGAAUUUCUGAGGCUUUUGAUGUUCUUAGUGAUCCUAAUAAGCGUAGGAUCUAUGAUCUGUAUGGGAAAUAUCCAGUGGAUUUUGAAAAUGGUGAUGGGAAUAAUAAUAUGGAAGUUGAUGAUGAAGGUGUUGGAGUUGUUGAAAGUGACUUGUUAUGCACGCUUGAGGAUCUUUAUUGUGGUUGCAGAAAGAAGGUCAAUCUUGUUAGAACUGUUCCUGAUGAAUUUGGGGAGUUGAAGCGGGAAGAAGACAUCUUGAAGAUAACCAUUAAACCUGGUUGGAAAAAGGGCACAAAAAUCACUUUUCCCGGGAGAGGAAACCAACUACGCGGCUCUCCUCCGCUUGAUCUGAUUUUUGUGGUGAAAGAGAAACCGCAUGCUAUAUUCCAGAGGGAUAGACAUGAUUUGGUAAUGACACAAAAGAUAUCAUUUCUUGAAGCUCUCGUCGGUUCGACUCUCAACAUAACAACCUUGGAUCGAAGAAAUAUCACAGUCGAAGUUACUGAUAUUGUGACACCGGGCUACGAAAAGGUCGUCCCGGAUGAAGGUAUGCCACUUGCAAAGGACUCGAGCAAGAGAGGAAAUCUUAGAAUCAAGUUUGAUGUUGAGUUUCCAUCGAAUUUGACCUCACAACAGAAACAUAGUGUAAGUAGGAUUUUGAGUGAAGCUGUUUAUAACUAAACCAAUAACACUUUAACUCUUAGUCUAGCAUUAUCACAUAGUGGCUUUAGCAGCAUUAUAGCACAGUAGGAUAGUAGAAUCUGAACAAAUUAUUGUUUUAAGGUUGUUUUUUAGUUCAAAGUGUUGAAAUAAUAGUGCCUUAGCAUCGCUAUAGCACUGCUGCGUAGCUGAAUUUGAAUAAACUGUUUUCCUGAUAUGCGAUUUACAGCACUGCAUUAACCCUCUUUUA